AUGGCUCGCAACCAGAUUCAUGAAAGACAGUCCCCCACCGGCUAUGCAAAUAAAUCCUCUAUGAAUACACUUUGUGGGAAAAUCCAGUGCGAAGGUGGGAGUGCAUUUCCAAUCCGAGGUGGACAGGUGAAAAUUGUUGUCAGUACUGUCAAAUUUAAGGGUGUGACAUAUAAUUGCAGAGGGAUUGUUUCUGACUUAGCUGAUGCCAGCACUCCAGACUUAGUUUAUGAUGGAACCAAGUGUAGCAACAACAAGCUGUGUCAUAAUGCACAAUGUAAGGAUGUGGCUGUCUUUAAAGUAAAGGAAUGUGACAACGCCUGCAAUAAAAAAGGGGUUUGCAACAACAAAGGUAACUGUCACUGUGAUGUUGACUGGGGUCCUCCAUUUUGUAAAACCAAGGGUCCUGGUGGCAGUAUUGACAGUGGUCCUAUGGUGAGCACACUCUCAGUUCCAGGAAGUAAACCUAACCCGAUUGUUCUGAGUGUUACGAUCAUGGCACCAGCUUUAAUAGUCCCGGUAUUGGCCUAUUUCUUCGCGAAGGUAUUUAUGAAGAAAGCCAAGAUUGCAAGUGCAAGAUCUCUAGCAGGUUAA